UCAGCUCCAGCUCCCGAGCAGCCGCCUGUGGAUGUCAGGAAGUGUUCUCCGUCUAGGAAGGUUUGGGCAGGGGAGGAGGCGUCUCCCGGAGCCGCACACCCCGUGGAUUAGUCAGCGGGUAUGGUGUAUUCUGCUCCCCGCAGGAGGGGACCGACAACCACAGGAGCAACUAGAGCCAAAGUGGCCUGGAGAGGAGACUCCGCAAUCCGGGCUGCAGCACUGGCGGUAUGACCCCGAGCAGCUGAGGACGGGGCGCUAGAUCCGGGCACCACACAGGUCAGCGGCCCCUGGAGCCCCCAGCCCUGCUGUCCCCCCCGGCCCGGGGGAAGAAGAUGGAGCCGGCAGCCCCCUCGCUGAAGGACGUGAAGUGGAGCUCGGCCUCGUUCCCCCUGGACUUGCUGGUCAGCUCCUACCGGCUGCCGCAACUGGUCCGGCUGGAGAGCGGGGAAAACCUUGAAGGCCUGCGGGAGAAUGACUAUCUCUUGAUUCACUCAUGUCGGCAGUGGACAACUAUCACAGCCCACAGUUUAGAAGAGGGACAUUACGUCAUAGGCCCAAAGAUUGAAAUUCCUGUGCACUAUGGAGGACAGUUUAAAUUGCUGGAACAAGACCGGGAUAUUAAGGAGCCGGUGCAGUAUUUUAACAGUGUGGAGGAGGUGGCUAAAGCUUUUCCCGAACGGGUCUACGUCAUGGAGGAAAUAACGUUCAACGUCAAGGUUGCUGCAGGAGAGUGCAAUGAAGAUACAGAAGUGUAUAACAUCACGCUAUGUACUGGAGAUGAACUUACACUAAUGGGCCAGGCUGAGAUUCUUUAUGCAAAAACAUCCAAGGAGAAGUCACGUCUUAAUACCAUAUUUAAGAAAAUUGGAAAAUUGAACUCUAUCAGCAAAUUGGGGAAAGGCAAAAUGCCGUGCUUGAUAUGCAUGAAUCAUAGGACUAAUGAAAGCAUCAGCCUUCCAUUCCAGUGUAAAGGGAGGUUUAGCACACGCAGUCCUCUAGAGAUUCAGAUGCAAGAUGGAGAGCACACCAUCCGUAACAUUGUAGAGAAGACACGACUGCCUGUGAAUGUGACUGUUCCUAGCCCACCUCCUCGUAACCCCUAUGAUCUUCACUUUAUACGUGAGGGACAUCGGUACAAGUUUGUCAAUAUACAAACUAAAACUGUUGUUGUUUGUUGUGUGCUGCGUGCUGGUAAAAUCAUUCCCAUGCAUUUUCCAUUACAUUUAUCUGUCCCGACUUUUAGCCUACCUGAAAAUAUAGCAAAAGGGGAAAUGUGGCAGGAGUCUGUAGUACAGUAUUGGUACAAUAUAUGCCAAGAGCAGUUUGAUAUAGAGGAAUACUCCCGUGCUGUAAGGGAUGUAAAAGCAGACUGGAAUGAAGAAUGCAAGAGCCCUAAAAAGAGUUAUUGCUCUGGACAUAGUCACAUACCAAACUCCCUCAGUUACGCCCGCGAUGAGCUGACCCAGUCCUUCCAUAGGCUUUCCGUCUGUGUUUAUGGAAACAACUUACAUGGAAAUAGUGAGGUAAACCUACAUGGUUGUCGGGACCUUUGUGGGGAUUGGGCUGUGUUCCCUCAAGAUUCUUCUCAGUACCAAGACUCUGGUGACAGUGGUAGUGACUAUCUUUUCCCUGAAACGGGUGAGGAAUCUGUAAGUCUACCAGCCAAGCCAGAGCUUCCCUAUGAGGAGCUCUGGUUAGAACUAGGAAGUGGGAAACGUUGUGGACAACCUUUGACCCGUUCACAAAGCGAGAAGAACAAAUCUGAUUCUUUCCGAGGUUCAUUGCAUUCCAAAUGUGGCACCUCCUCUCUCUCAUCUCCUGGAUCUCUCAUUACAAGCAAAUGUUCGGAUAUAUCUUUACCUCCACCUCCAGUGCCUCCCAAAUCAGAAGCUGUUAAAGAAGAAUGCAGACUCUUGAAUGCUCCACCUGUGCCUCCUCGCAGUUCCAAACCAUCGUCCCCCACUCCAUCUGUUCCUCCUCCAACAGGAAAAAUAGCACGGCAGCAAACACGCUCUCCCAGUCCUACGCUUUCCUACUAUUCCUCAGGGCUGCACAGCAUUGGUGUUGCAGAAAAUGAAGUUGCAAGCCCUUCAGACAGUGCCCAGGUUUCAUGCUACCCCUGUAACUGGAUCAAAAAUGAGUCAAGCGAUCUUGAGAGCAUAUUGCAUUGUGAGAUAGCCGCUUCUGAAAUCCUUCCUUCCCGACUAUCAUGGCCAAACCGUUACUGUGGUGGGGCGGAAGGUAUGAACACAAACGACCUGCUUGUGGACCAGUGCCGCAGUUAUUACAGCUAUCCUCGACAAAAGACACCAGCCACACCAAAGAGAAAUUUCCCAGCGCCAUUUGACUUUAGUGGGGUUGACCCUUUAACUGGGUGUACACAGGGCACAGCAAGUGAAUUUACUGACAUUACUACUGGCUGCCCAAAGUCUGCCAGCUACUCAUUGGAAAACUCAUCUGAGAAAAUUGUUCCCGAUAACGGCACAAAACAAAGUAUUUCAUGUCCGGCAUUACCCCCGCGGGCACCCAAGACAAGCGAGUUAAACCCAGUCCUCGAGCCCCUCUCUCUUUCUAUGAAAAUUGACGGAGCAGAAGAAGGCUCACAGACUUGCUCCCCUGAGAUCACAGAAGAGCAUUUUUUGGCUAAAAAGGGCAUGCAGGACAUUUUCUCCAUUUCCUACCCAUUCUCUUCUCCUCUACACAUGCAGCUAGCACCCCGGUCAUGCGGAGAUGGCUCUCCAUGGCAGCCUCCGUCUGACCUCUCAGGAUUGUCCAUUGAAGAGGUUUCAAAAUCCCUUCGAUUCAUUGGGUUAUCAGAAGAUGUGGUGUCCUUCUUUGUUUCAGAAAAGAUUGACGGCAAUUUACUUGUCCAACUUACAGAUGAGAUCCUUUCUGAGGACUUUAAGUUGAGCAAACUCCAGGUUAAAAAGAUAAUGCAAUUUAUUAAUGGUUGGAGGCCUAAGAUGUAAGACUGUAGGUGUUAUGGAAGGUACAGAACAAAUGUACGGGAGCCCUCAGCAUAUGUGCUGAUAUUUGUACAAUCUGAAAUUAUUAUUUUGCACUAAGAAUAAUCGUGGCUGUAUAUAGUCCUACAAAAGAAGAAAUUCUUACUAUGCAGUGAAAGGUACGAGUUGUAGUUGUAUCACUUAGUACUGUAUGUUAAUGCAAACAUGUAUGAGAACACUCACAGUGUGCCUUGUGCAUCACUGACCACUGAGCAGCUGCUACAAAUUGUUAAAGGGAAUUUUACUUUAUAAGCUUCAUGUUGAAAAAAUAUAAUAUAUUAAUAGCCAAAGCUUACAAAAAUUAUGCUAUCUCUUCUUAGACUAGAAUCUAUUUAAACCAAGGACAACCCUUUGUCCCCCUUAAAGGGGUACUCCACUGCCCCAGUGUUUGGCACAUCUUGUACCGAACACUGUGUGCACGCUGUGGGAGUUGUGAUGUCACGGCCACGCCCCCUCAUGAUGUCACACCAUGCCACUUCAAUGCAAGUCUAUGGGAGGGGACGUGGCGGCUGCCACGCCCCCUCCCAUAGACUUGCAUUGAGGGGGCGUGAUGUGACGUCACGACCACCGCAGCGCGCACCCAGUGUUCGGAACAAAAUGUUCUGAAUGCUGGGGCAGUGGAGUACCCCUUUAAUAUAAUAUGAAGGAGCACUUAACUGUGUGAAGUUCCCUACACCUACAAAUACUAGGAUUCAGAGUGUAUGGGAUUUACUUUCCUAAAGCCUUGUACACUGCAUUAAAGGUCACAUUUCAUUCAUGUUCCAGCUUUUGUGUACAUGAUGUGCUAUGUGAUGAUAUAUUUCCUGUAUGGAGACAAGUGCAUGAUCAAUAAAACAUUCUGCCUUGUAACUCCACAGUGGCUACAGAUGUAAGCGAUCGCAGUAGAACAUCUGGUGUAUUCUGUGCUGAAGUAAUAUGGAGAAUUUUAUUGUUGCCUUUUAUUACCAACGUUUUAUAUAUAUUUUUUCCCAGUAAUAAGAUAACCAUGUUACCUAAUGUUAGUGUUUAUGCAAAAAACUUGACUUGAGGUCCGAUAGAUAUAGACGCGGGCUCUAACUGACCAAUGUCCGCAGACCUAAACCCACCUCAUUCCUUCAUUGUGGUGCAGUUAUUUGCAGUCUGACAUUUUGCACUUCCUAAGGUGGCCCAGCUCAAGGAAGGCCAUAUUCUUAAGAGACUGUUUUUAUUCCAACUUCCGAAGGAUAAACCUCAAAUGGUCAAGUACGGAUUUUAUGAUGAAGCUUCUUUUAAGUCUUGUUUUUGAAAAUUUUUAAAUGUAAGUCCCAGAACAAAACCACUUCUUGAGGUGUAGAAAGCUCAUAUUGUGGUAAAGCUAUGGACGCUCAUAGACUAUGUAUGUUCGUGUAUAUAAAUGUCUAUAAUAUAUAAAGUUAUUUUCACUCUC